UUCGUUUAUGCAUGAGACAGUUUCCAAAUAUAUAGAAGAAAAUGUUUAAAUCAUUUUCAAGCAAAGUAUUAAAAAGCAACAAGGUCCAUCAGAUUUUGCUUAAGAGAAAAAAAAGCAAUAAUAUACCCAUAGUGAUAAAUGGGAAGUCUGUUUCUGUACCUUCAUAUUAUACGAUAAUGCAAGCCCUGCGCAGAGAAAAUCUGACAAUACCUUCAUUUUGUUACCACGAACGCUUGUCUAUAGCCGGGAACUGUCGAAUGUGUCUUGUGGAGAUAGAGGGUUGGAACAAACCACAAAUUGCUUGCGCUGUGAAUGUCGGCAAGGGCAUGAAGAUCCGCACAAACUCUGAAAUGACCGGUAAAGCGCAAGAAGCUGUUCUAGAGUUUAUAUUGGUAGACCAUCCUUUAGAUUGCCCCAUAUGCGACCAGGGGGGCGAGUGUGACCUACAAGAUUUGUCUGUGAGAUUUGGCAAUGAUCGUUCCCGGUUUACCGACAUUCAUUUCGAAGGAAAAAGAGCGGUAGAAAACAAAACUUUAAGUCCACUUAUUCGAGCGGAAAUGAAUCGAUGCAUUCACUGCACGAGAUGCAUCCGCUUCGGUUCACAAGUAUGUGGUCUCGAUAUCUUAGGGUCUACGGGGCGCGGUCACGACAUGCUCAUUGGAACUUUUGUUCCGAAACUAUUUUUAUCUGAACUUUCUGGGAAUAUUAUUGACUUAUGUCCUGUGGGUGCUCUUACGAACAUACCUUAUAAAUUCAAAGCCAGGCAUUGGGAACUCAAGAAAGCUAAUUCAAUUGACGUCACAGACGCUACAGGUACUAACAUAAUAAUAAAUUAUAGAUUUGACCGAGUGCUCCGCGUCUUGCCCAGAGAACAUGAUGAAAUCAAUCAGGAAUGGGUGUCUGAUAAGGGCAGAUGGGCAAUAGACUCGCUCGAGAUGCAGAGGUUGGUGACACCUAUGAAACGUGUGGGAACGUGCUGCUGUCCUCUCGAGUGGAAUGCUGCUCUUGAUACAGCAAGUGAAAUGAUUAGAAAAUGUGCGCCUGAAAAAAUACUGGCUAUAGCAGGACCACAUGCUAGCGUGGAAACUUUGGUAACUUGUAAAGACAUGCUUAACAUGCUGGGGUGUGAGAAUACUUACGUGGAGCGAGAUAUGUCCUACACGACAACUGGUACAGACAUUCGAGCGUCAUAUUCAUUCAAUAUCAAGUUCAAAGAUAUUGCUCAAGCUGAUAAAAUUUUGUUAGUUGGUACUAAUCCUAGAUUUGAAGCACCAAUUUUAAAUAUGUGGAUUAGACAGGCGUAUCGAACUAACGAAGCAGAUAUAUUUGUGGUUGGACCGUGCUGCGACUAUAAUUAUCGUGUUACCUAUUUAGGAGACGACAUCAAGGCGCUACCAAAGGCUGCUGACAUUUUAAAGUGUGCUAAAAGGCCCCUGGUAUUAGUGGGAGUGGCACAAUUGGAAGGUAAUUCGGGUGCUAAGAUUAUGAAAAUGUGUCACAAAAUGACUGAAUCAUUAAAGGCGGGCUAUGGCAUUGUUAACAUCGUAACCAGAGAAGCGAGCUUUGCCGGAGCCUUAGAGGCAGGAUGGAAAACUGGAGCUCUAUGUGCAUUGGAGACAAAAUCCCCAAAAGUUAUUAUAUCCUUAGGAGCUGAUGAAAUUUUCUAUCAAUGGAACCCGCCUUCCGCUUGUAAAAUAAUUUACGUCGGUUUCCAAGGCGAUCGUGGAUCUGAGUUUGCCAAUUUGAUUUUACCAGGAUGUGCAUAUACAGAGGCAGGCGGGCUCUACUUGAAUAUGGAAGGAAGAUCACAGUAUGCCUAUCCUGCCGUCACUCCUCCAGGGAAAGCGAGAGCUGACUGGAAAAUAUUCCGUGCUUUAGCCGAGUCCUGUAACCUUUGCUUAUUUUACUCCGAUCAUCAUUCUCUCUGCACCAGAAUGGCACAAAUCAGCCCUAACUUCGCGAGUUUAGGUAAAUUUCAACCGAAAAUAUUCGGAGACUUUGUAACAAAAUUAAUGGAAAGCGAAUCAGCUGAAUCAAAAGAUGAUGGUAUGUGCGUUGAUAUGCGAACUCUGAAAGACUAUUAUUGUUCCGAUGUUUUCAGUUACAAUUCUCCUACUAUGAUAAAGACUCAGAAAGCGGCAACCAAUUUUGAAAAGUCACCUUAUUACGCUUUGUAGUCCAUUUAAACAUUUUUUAAUUUAUCUAUGCUCUUUAUUUUUAAUUAAAUAUAUGUGCUUUAAUUUGAUCAGCCGUGUUUGAAAUUGGGAAUUAUGUGUUUUAUUUCUUCAUUUUUGCAGUUAUUUAUGGUUCUCGCUUAACUCAGUGUUGUUUUGCAACUAAAUUCCGAGGCUAAGUACACGUAUGUGGCCCUUGGCAUUCCACACCUCCAUCACUCGUAGUUAGUUAAAAUAGUUUGUGUGCGAGUCUCCCUUCCGUGUCGACAAAAUAUUUGGCGAGAACUAUAACAGGCUAUAAUUGAUUAUAGCUGCGUUUUGAUCAGUUAAGUGCCAUUGAAACCUCACCAACUAUUGCUUAGCUCAACCCGUUCAAACUACGAUCUCCGCAGGCGGGUUUAAUUUCAGUUAUAGUUUAUUUUUAAGUCUUCGAGCG